UCAGUCGGUCACUGGACGGCUUAUUAUUUGAACGUGUGUAGACGUUUCCUGUAAGCUUACAAGCAAUUUAAACGAAAUCGAGUUUAUUCAAUUACAAAAUAAUCGUAUAGCACACUGGACUAUGAAUGAAACGAUGGUUAUGUGCGAACUGACGUCGCAAGUCAGAGCCGGUUAAGUUUUUUUUUAUUUAUAAAAGAUUAUUCCUAACAAGUGAACAGCGCGCGCGAGUGUUGUGACUUUUCGCAUUGUUUAGUGUUUUGGAACUCGAUAUAAUUAAGUGAAGAGUUAUUGCAAAAAUGAAGGACGUGAUCAAAAAAGAAGAAACUUCCGACGAUGAAUCAGGAUUGGGGUAUCAGAACACGUUGAUGUAUGGUCGCUACCAACGCGACCUAAGUGAAGCGGCCAGAGAAGAAGCGAGAAGACUCAGGAGGCUUCGGAAAAGAAGACGGAAAGAUGACAAACUCCGGCAGAAGGAACUCGAAGCGACGGGCAAACAUCGACCUAGAGGGAAAUUCUUCAAAGUAAUAGGGUACGUUUGGAGGCACACUUUCGCGAGGCUCGGUGAAGACUGGGUGUUCCUGGCAUUGCUGGGCAUCAUCAUGGCUGUUCUCAAUUUCGCCAUGGACAAGGGCAUUGCUGUUUGUAAUAAUGCUCGCAUGUGGAUGUACAAAGAUUUAGCGACGUCAACAUUUAGUCAAUACAUAGCGUGGGUUUCGUUACCCGUGUGUCUCAUCCUAUUCGCAGCUGGUUUUGUCCACAUUGUUGCCGCACAGAGUAUCGGUUCUGGUAUACCAGAGAUGAAGACUAUAUUAAGGGGGGUCCACCUCAAGGAGUAUCUCACAUUCAGGGCAAUGAUCUCAAAAGUUAUCGGACUCACCGCUACCCUUGGAUCUGGUCUACCACUCGGUAAAGAGGGACCAUCAGUUCACAUAGCAUCGAUGGUGGCUACGUUAUUAUCAAAACUGGUGACCACCUUCCAAGGUAUCUACAGCAACGAGUCCCGUACCACCGAAAUGUUGGCAGCAGCCUGCGCUGUCGGAGUGGCUUCUUGUUUCGCGGCGCCUGUUGGGGGAGUUCUAUUCUCGAUCGAGGUAACGACGACAUACUUCGCUGUCAGAAACUACUGGCGUGGAUUCUUCGCGGCGUGCUGCAGCGCUAUCAUGUUCCGGCUGCUGUCGGUGUGGUCGGGCGCGCUGCCCACCGUGAAGCCGCUGUUCCCCACCAACCUGCCGCAGGACUUCCCCUUCGACCCGCAGGAGUUCGCCGUCUUCGUGCUGCUCGGCAUCGUAUGCGGGCUGAUGGCCGCCUUUUGGGUGUUCCUGCAUCGCCAGUAUGUGCUCUUCAUGAGGAACACCAAGGUCCUCAGCAGCUUCCUGCAGAAGAACCGUUUCAUCUACCCGGGCUUCAUGACAUUGGCUGUGAUGUCCAUCCUCUUCCCGCCUGGUAUUGGCAAAUACAUGGCAGCUGAUCUUGGCAAUCAGGAACAGGUGCUGUCGCUGUUCGCCAACUUCACGUGGUCGGACGAGCUGACGGCGGAGCAGGCGGCCGUGGUGUCCCACUGGCAGACCCCCGAGGUGGACCACUUCGGCUGUCUCGUCAUAUACUUCUGGUCUAUCUUCUUCCUGAGCCUGGUGUCGUGCACGCUGCCGGUGCCGGCGGGCAUCUUCGUGCCGGCCUUCAAGAUGGGCGCGUCGCUGGGGCGCUUCACCGGGGAGGUCAUGCACUACUUCUGCCCCCUCGGCGUCGCCUACGGGGGACACAUACAGAAAAUCUUGCCAGGCGGGUACGCCACGGUGGGCGCGGCCGCCUUCACGGGCGCCGUCACGCACACCGUGUCCACCAUCGUCAUCUGCAUCGAGAUGACGGGACAGGUGACCCACCUGCUGCCCAUCAUGGCGGCGGUGCUGGCGGCCAACGCGACCGCCGCUCUGCUGCAGCCCUCGUGUUUCGACAGCAUCAUCCUGAUCAAGAAGCUGCCCUACUUGCCGGACCUCUUGUCGUCCGCCAGCCGUAUGUACGAUAUUUGCGUGGAAGACUUCAUGGUGCGUGACGUCAAAUACAUCUGGAAUAGAAUGACCUUCCAGCAAUUGAAGGAUAUUUUAAAGGAGAAUAGGACAAUCAAGAGCUUUCCACUAGUAGACAGCCCAGCAUCCAUGGUACUGCUCGGGUCCAUUCACCGCUGGGAGCUGGUGAAGGUGAUCGAGCAGCAGGUGGGACGCUCCAGGCGUUUGCAGGUCGCGGCUCUAUGGCAGAGGGAGGCGGAACAGAGGAGACGAGACGAGGAAAAGCGAAAGACUAGAAGACCAUCUAGAUUUGAGGUCACACCAGCUCCAGACAUGCUCCAGGUUCCCGUGUCGGGAAUGACCAGGGGAGGUUCGUUGACCAGUCAAGACCAGGGCGGUCUCCUACCAGCCCCGGGGCAGCUGUUCCGGCCGAAGUCCAUCCUGAAGAAGACGAACUCGUUCACGCUGUCCCGCGGCGCGCCCUCCCCCGCGCCCGCGCCCGGCGCGCCCCUCCCCGUGUACUCCACCGUCACGGGCGCCGAGACCAGAAUCCGAGCAGCCUUCGAAGCUAUUUUCAAGCGGUCGACUUUGUUACCUGACGUGGAGAGUGGGCUGACGGAUCAACUCGGCCUGCCGAGGAGUCCCUCCAUCAACAAGAAAGUUCAACUGCCCCGCGAGCGAGUGUGUGACAUGUCCCCGGAGGACCAACAGGCGUGGGAGCGGCUCGAGAUGGCUAAGGAGGUGGACUUCGACCGAAUGCUGGCCGUGGCGCGCAGGCGGGACCUCAACUUGGACGAUAUUGAAUAUGAAGACGAAAACCUUUAUAUCUGUCACAUCGACCCUGCGCCCUUCCAGCUCGUAGAGAGGACGUCGCUACUUAAGGUACAUUCGCUGUUCUCAACCCUAGGCGUGAGUCGUGCCUACGUGACUGCUAUCGGCCGCCUCAUUGGAGUCGUGUCUCUGAAAGAACUCCGCAAGGCCAUCGAGGACGUGAACUCGGGCGCGCUGACGCCCCUCACGCGGCCCGAGCCCCCCGCGACCCCCUGCAGCCCCGCCGCCUCCCCGCUGCUCAUCAAGGUGCCGCGCUCCGAGCCCGCGCCCCCCUCCGACCGCGACACCGACAAGCUCACCACGCACUGACGCACUACCGGUAACGACUCGAAGGAGAUAGAAGGUAGAAGAACGAGACAGCUAUAGUCGAUAGUAUUUAAAAGACUAGCAAAAUCGGAAAUGAUUGCUACAGUAUUUUAAUUUUAGUCAACUAACUGUAUAUAUGGUGCUUCCGUAUACGAAAUAAAUUAUAUUUUAUUUAUUUUUUAAACCAGUUCAAACUGGUUAAACGCCAUCUUGUAUUAUCAAGGUCACAAAGGUUGUGCCUAAAUAUAAGCUAGAAAAUAAUAUAGUACAAUUGAUUGAAACUAUUUAUUCUAACACCAGUUUUAGUAUUAUUUUUUUUUUAUAUAGAGUGUUGAUGACGACGCUUUUAUUUUUAAUUAAUGUUAGGAAUUAUAUUUAAUAUACAAUCCUUAAAUGUAAUUAAUAAUUAAAAUUCAAUUAAUUUUGGUGUUGCACGAUUACAAAAUAUUUUAACUGGUAACACUAAAAUGCUACAGGACAUUAUAUUGAAAGGCGUAAUAUAAUUAUUUAAAAUUGAAUGUUUGUAUAAUAAAUUUUUCUUUGCUUGUGUUGCAACUCUGUAUAUUUAUUUUUGACAAAUUUGUCGUCACUGCCGUGAAACAUGUAUAAAGCCAUUAAAUUCUAGAUUCUAGAUAUAAGCUGGUAAUUUAUUUAUUCAAAAAUGAUAUUUGCUUUAUAUUUUUGACUUUUACAUAAGCUUGCAUCAAAGUUACUAGAGUAGUACCAAAUUUUUAGUUGUCAUUAGCACUCUAAAUUUUCCAAAUUAUUCUAAUCAAGGCUUGUGAUUGUUGAACUCAUUCCAAAAUAAUGAUUUUAGUUAAUAAGUAUUGAAAAUUGUGCAAAAAUAUAAAGUCUAAAAGACAUUAAAAAAUUGUGCCAUUCCAUUUUCAACUUUCAAGUGAAAUUAAUUACUAUAUAUAUAUUUUAAAUUAGUUUUAGAUUAAAUAUUUAUAAAAAUCAAUUAUAAGGCAUUUUUCAGUUGUGUACGAAAUCUGUGAUGUUUAAAAAUAUGUAAAUUUAUCUGCCCUUAUGUGUAAUGUAAUAGUUGUAAAAUUUGUAUUGUAUUAGACGAAAAUCUUUGGUUGAACAAUAAAUAUGCAUAAUUUUUUGACUUUUACAAAAAAAUUCUAUACUUCGGAAUAUAAUGUGUUUUAAAAUAAAAAAAUAUAUAAUAUAUGGUUCAGCUGAGGCUUCCAAUGCCUGUUAAAGUUAGUAUUUAAUCAAAUGCAUUGCAUUUUUAAUCUGUAGUUAGCGAAAUUUGAUUACCAUAUUUAUAAAUACAGCGACGGAUUGAUGUCCAAAAUUUAAGUGUAGAAUAUAACAAAAAUAAUUGGACCUAAAAAAGAAAUUCCAUUUUAUUUUUAAAUGUUUUUAUGGAACAAUAGUAACCACCCAUAAUUCCUUGAACCUGAUUAUCAAUAACAAUGUAUUUAAAUUUCGCCGCCUACAUCACUUUGAAAGAGUAUUAAAUAUUUAAUAAUAAACAAAUGCGAGGAGCUCGCAUUAAGUUAUAAGUGUAUGUGAUCUACUGCUUUGUGUAAUAAAAGAUGUGUUGUGCGUUA